AUGACUCAACUGGGAUACAGAGUAACUUGUACAUUACGAUCUAACCGAUCAGAGAAGUGUCCAGUGUCAACGGAUAAACAGUUCGAAAAGAAAGAGAGAGGUUUCUCUGAAGUUUUCAUCUCGGACGAUGAAACGUGUAAUGUGAUUGCAUGGAAAGACUCGAAGAGAGUACUUCUGGGCUCUAAUCACAUCGGGACAGAACCAAAAGAAACAUUAAGACGAUGGGACAAAGUAAAGCGAUGUAAAGUUGAUGUCAUAGCACCUCAAAUAAUUAAUCAGUACAACAAGUUUAUGGGGGGAGUCGAUACAAUGGACAUGUUGGUGGCUUUACAUCCAAUUCCAUUCAAAUCAAAACGUUGGUACAUGAGAAUUAUAUGGAGAAUUUUUGAUUUAAUGGUGAUUAACUCAUGGAUUAUGAUGAAUUCUCGUCGUGGUGAUAGCCAUGGUUCAACAAGUCAUGGAACUUUCAGAUUAUAUCAUUUCAAAUCUGAGAUAGCGAAAUUUCUGUUGAGAAAAUCAACAAUUCAACCAUUGCAACCAACUUCGAGCAACUCAAUGUUGAAUGCUAAUGAAAGCGACGAAGAAGACGAACCGCCGCCGAAAAAGAAACGAGAAGCCAGAUCUGAUGUAUCACAAGUUAUGAGGGCUGAUGCCUACAACCAUUGGCCGAUAUUCGUCCCUGCAAUGAAUAAUACACGAUGCAAGAACGAGAAGUGUUCAGCAAAGACGUAUUGA